UUUAACAGCUUGAACUGAAGCUACCGGGCUUAUUCCCUUUAACUCCCUGUCGACCCUCCUGCUCGGCUUUCCUCAACUUAUGUUUCCACUGAGGGCAACACGGAGGCUGUAACACAAGUAAGCUAACAAACCCACCAGGCCAGCAGAGUCACCUUCCAUCAUGUCUCCAUCAGCCUGUUGACACUGACUGCUUCCCCGGCGCCGUGCAAACAGGAGGGAGGCAGCUGGAGGCUAGCCAACCAGCUAGCCAGCUAGCAUGCAGCAGUUGCCCUGUGUUUCCAAGAGGCGGCGCUGCUGAGAGGAGAGCGGACGGGGGCUGAGAGUGUAGCUGCUGUCUCGGGCCAUGGAUGACUUCACCACCAGGACUUACGGCACCAGCGGCAUGGACAACAGACCUCUGUUCGGGGAGACCUCGGCACGGGAUCGAAUCAUCAACAUGGCAGUGGGGGGAUUCACGUCUCUGGUUGUUUUAGUGACUGUCAUCAGUUCGUUUGUGUUCCCCUCGCUGCCUCCACGACCACUUAAUGUCUUCUUCGCCGUCUGCAUCCUGUUAGCCUGCGGAUCCAACUUAGUGCUGAUCUUCUGGUACAGGCAGGGCGAUCUGGAGCCUAAAUUCAGGAAUCUGAUCUACUUCAUGCUGGCGUCCAUCGUGCUGCUGUGUCUAUGUGCCAACCUGUACUUCCACGACGUCAGGUAAAGACGGAGACGAGGAAAACGGAGGAGGAAGAAGGGAAGACAUGGCCUUGACAGACACAUUCAUAGAAGGACUGCGUGGAAGGACAGACGCACGCAGAGUGAAGGAAACUCAACACUCGUUAAGUGUGAACAAGCAAAAUGAAACAAACUACAAAAAAAAAGAUCUCGGACCAAAAACCAGUGAAUCUUUCUGGUUCAGGUGGAAGGAAAACGGUGGGAGCUGAGAUGUGAAGCUCUGCACACAAACAUGGGAGAUUGAAGAGGAGACUCACAGCUGAAGGAUGAACUUUCAGGUGAAGCAGGUGUGUUUACAAGCACAUCGAACAUUCACAGUCUUUCACAAAACAAGCACUUAAACUGAAAAGAAAUGGGUCUGAUAUGAUUAUGCAACAGUUAAAGGAAAAAUCUGCCCUUUUAUAAUGUUUAUUUAAACUGUUUAAUAUUGUGUUGUUCGGAAUUUAUGCUCGUCUCCAAAAAACUGCCAGGAAAAAAGGGGCCAAACUGGUGCUUUCAUUCAUUGCAGAGGCUUAUUGUCAUGCUACAUAAAAAUCUAAAUCAUGCCAAAUAAUGCAGACAUGACCUGUGUCUCAUUUCAUCCUUUAACUUUUUUUAAAUUUUUUUAAAAAGAUCAAAUUCAUGACAAUGACUUCACAAUCAUUCCUCCUGAAAAUCUGCUGCCUGCUACCGGUGAAUUCAGGGUCAGUGAGCCAGAGAAAACACAUAAAUCAAACACUUUCCUGUUAUCAAACUGAAUAUUUAAUCUGCUGCACACAUCACAGAAAAGACAAUAGUUGUUGUUUUUUAACUGAUUUUACCGAGGUGGAUUUUUCCUUUAACCAGGGUGGAGAUUGUCAGCACAUAAACACACUGAGUGACAAAGGACGAGGGGGGUUUGAUGUCGGACCCCCCCUUCCUGUCAGUACUGUAGACUGUAGCACAAGCGAGCUAACACAGCAGUAGCACAAGCAGCAUCAGAGCUCCGUGGGGGAAGAAAUAUAUGCAAAAGUUUGUACGUCUUCUUCGCUUCUUUUCCUGCGUUUUCUAGCUUAUCUGAUUAUCAGGGUUUGAAUUAAUGAAGUUUCCAAACCGAGUCUCUCUAAGAGGAUUCUUUUUUUUUUUUUUAUUAGAGACUGACUGCCAAUUCUUUCACUAAGCAUUCACUAACUGUUGUGUAAGCCAUACACGCACUGACACACAUAAACACACACGCUCAGGCCAGCUGCACCAAUGAGAAUGAAUGGAAACAAUUCACAUGGCUUUACAGUACAGCAGAUCUUCACAUUUCUAUAUCACAAGCAUCUAUCUUCAUAUUUCUAUAUCACAAGCAUCUAUCUUCACAUUUCUACAUCAAAAGCAUCUAUCUUCAUAUUUCUAUAUCAAGUUCUUCAUAUUUCUAGCUUCACACUGAUGUGUCUGCCAUUUAAAUUUUGCACUAAUCAUUCUGCGUCUGUAGCUUUAAGUUAGUUUUUUUUUUAAUCAUAAAUGAAAACAAUAAUCAUGAAAGUGUUUAGUGUUCAGGCGUGUUUAACUCUGACUGAUCAGUGUGUUAAAGAUUAAAUAACUCGUAGGUCUUUGUCGCUGGUUAAGACCCCUAAAUAAAUAUGCAAUUUAAAUUUAAAAAAGCUGGUUUCCAAAUGCACCUUUGACCAAAAUUCAAUGAGUCUUUUAAACUAUUGGAGUCUGAAAACGGCAACUGAGCAAUUUUGAAUUUUAAGGAAAUCAUUUCAGGAAUCGGGAAGAAGAAGAAAAAUGCUCCCAGAGUUUAAAAUGCUAUUUUAAAUGUUUGUUUCGUCCUGAACACGAGUUGAAAACCCCUGAAACGUCAAUUUACUGGAAGAGAAGACAAAGAAAAGCAGCAAAUAUUUACACUACAGCGGCUUUGUCUUUGUAGCUUCAACGAGUUAUGAGUUGAUUUUCUGCCGUUGUUCAGAGCUGCAACUGAAUCUUUACUUCAUUAUGAUCGAUCUAUUUAUGAUUAAGUCAAAACAGUGUAAAAAAACAUCUAUCCAGAACCUGAAGACUCUUCAGUAACUAUCAUAAAUGUUGGAAGUUUAUUCCAUUAUCAAAAAACUUAUUAAUUUUCUUUUGAUCAACCCAAAGAUGAUCGCGUCUUUUAUUACUAUUUUUAAUACGUUUUCACCAAAGAUUGCUGAAAUCAAACCUCCAACGUGGUGUCAGGUUUGGUCUCUAAAAGUAAGACCAGACCCCUUAAACCUAAAUACUGCUUUGAAGAGACUUGAAACUUGAGGUUGGGAUGAAAAACUGAAAAUGUUCAGAGGUGACAAAUCAUGUUGGGAGGACGGUCACUUUUCAUAGACUUCUGUUGAAGGCAGAUUGAAGGCUUCACUUUUCAAACUCUGAUUUCACUCUUUGCUUUAAUUAAUAAUUUUAUGAUUUGUGUCGAUGGAGGAAAGCGUCAAACUUGCUGCAGACGUCUGAAGUCGUCUCUUCUGUUUGUUAAAUUCUCGACUCGUGCUGCAUUCUGUUUCCUUGUUCUGCAGCGGUGUCUUUGUUUACAGAUGAAACUUUGAGUAAACACUCAGUUUGACAACAAGCAGUGACAAAGACUGAGGGGGGGGGACGAACCCCCCCGCCUUCCACUGGAGGAGUCAAACCUCACCACGACUUUAGGAUUGUGAAAGCCAUGUGUUUCUGUUUCUAUUUCAUUUGUUUCAUGGAAUAAAUGACUGUGUAUCCUC